AUGGCCACCGAAGCAUUCAGCAUCUCCCGCAAGGACCUGUCGGGCCCCCGAGACACCACGGUCCUCAUCACCGGCGGCUCGUCAGGGAUCGGUCUACAAACCGCCGUCCUUUUGCACGACCUCGGGAACAACAUCAUUGUCGUCGACCGGGCCAGACCACACCCGUCGGCCCCCAAAUCACUGACGUCGUCACCCCGGUUUUUCUACCAGGCAUGCGACAUCACGUCGUGGAAGUCGCAACGGGGUGCGUUCGAAGCGGGCUUCAAGAAAUUCGGAUCGAUCGACGCCGUAUUCGUCAACGCCGGCGUGGCAGAGUACAAGGACCAGUUCUUCAAGGACGAAACGGACGAGGACGGGCUGCUCAAAGAGCCCGACCGUCGGACCGUGGACAUCGACAUGCACGCGGCCAACGACACGGCGAAGCUGGCCAUUUACUACAUGCGCAAGGAGAAGCCGCCGGGCAAGCCCAGGGGAGGGAGUAUAGUUAUGACGGCCAGUCUGGCGGGAUACCUCGCGAGUGCCGGCGCGCCGCUGUACAGUGCUGCGAAACAUGGCAUCGUGGGUCUCAUGAGGGCGCUCAAGAACGACACGGCCACGCUAGGGAUCGCAGUCUCCGUCGUCGCACCGGGUAUCACGCUCACGGAUAUCAUCUCGGGUCGACAGCCCGGGGAGUCUCUCCAGGACUGGGCGAAGAGGAUGCGCGCGGUCGGUGUGCCCAUCAACGACCCGGCCGAGAUCGCCGAGGCCGUAGUGUACCUUAUGAGUCAGGGUAUGGAGGCGAAUGGGAAGGGGUUGCUGGUUCAAGCUGGGCGGGUGGCCGACCUCGAGAGAGGGAUCGCGACGUCAAGAAAGAUCUGGAUGGGAGAGGAGAUGCUGCGGUUGUUCCGGGGUGGGAGGAAUGCACCGCUGUUCCCGAACAAGUUGUAG